AUGGCGACCAACAAGCAGGGAAAGAUGGCCGGCUACAUCAACUACCGGAUGCGAGUCACUCUCAACGAUGGCCGCCAGAUGACCGGGCAGAUGCUGGCCUUUGACAAGCACAUGAAUGUCGUCCUCGCCGACACCGAAGAGUUCCGUCGCAUCAAGAAGCAGAACAAGCCCGCCGCUCCCGGCGCAGCCCCCGGCGCAGCCCCCGGCGCGGCGCAAGCUGUCGUGCAGGAGGAGAAGCGAACACUCGGUCUCACGAUCGUGCGCGGAGCGCACAUUGUCUCUUUAUCGGUCGAAUCGCCACCCCCGGCCGACCCUAGCACGCGGCUGGGCAAGUCCACAACUGGUGGAAUCUCUUCGACCCUGCAGUCAGGACCUGGCGUCGCGCGACCAGCUGGACGAGGAGCCGCUCCUCCUGUUGCUCUUGCCGGUCCUGCUCCUGGUGUUGGCGGAGAGGUGUGCCGCCACCAGCCUUCGGUGGUUUCCCCGGCGCACCCCCUGGGUUCCCUGGACGUGGAGGUCCUGGCGCACCCCCAGGUUUCCCUGGUCCCCCUGGUGGCUUCCCCGCUGGUUUCCCUGGGGCCCCAGGUGGUCAGUUCCCGCCUGGCUUCCCUGGUGCUCCUGGCAGCCAACCUCCCCCUGGCUUCAACCCCCCUUCCCGACGAUAAUCACGAUAAUACCCCUGAGAAAAACAUGCCUACCGCCGCGGGCUUCACCGGUCUGAAAUUUGAGGAAAUAUCAAGGGCGUUCCAAAGGUCUUCCAAAAUUGAAAGUCAGGAUUCGGCAGUCCUCUGUACCAUAGCAUAG